CAGGACUCAGAGGCUCCAAUAGAAUGAUUUGUGCUAAUUUACUAUUCAUAUAGAAGUAUAAUAUAAGUGGAAAUCAUGUGUGUACAAAAUAUUGAUUUAAUAAUACUCACGUAGAAUCGAAAGUCCACAAACUUUAGUUUAUUUUAUUGUUAUCCAUGAUUCCCCUAUUUCGCCAAUAAAUACAGUCACAGACAUGCGUAGAUUGUAAUGCCACAGCUUAUAAUAGUAAAGGAGGAGGACAUGGCUGGGUCAGUUAGUAAAGAGUGCAUGACAAGUCUUGUAGUGUUGUUGUUCUUCAUCUCCUCAUCGUCCGCUGAAGAAGAAGGCUACGUUUGCCUCUCAAACCUCCAAAAGUGCAACACUUUCGCCAUUCUCAGAGCCAGUUCCCUCUCCAGCCAUCUGGGUCAUGAUCAGUUACGGUUUAUCCCCAUCGACUGCAGAUGUAAUGGAAGGAUCUUCGAGGCCCAUCUCUUCAAAUCUUGCGUUAAAGGCGACACCUUUCGCUCCGUCUCUGCAUCUCUGCAAGGCUUGACCACGUGCCUAUCUAUAAGAGAGAAGAAUCCACAAGUCUCCGAGGACAGCCUCGACGAGAACGUUAAGUUGCGUCUGGCGAUCAGGUGUUCUUGUCCAGAAGAAGGCGUUUCAAACGCCAGACUUCUCGUUACUUAUCCCGUGAGUGACGGCGACAGCGUUUCAAGCCUGGCGGUUCAGUUCAACACAACAGAGGAUGCUAUCCUCUCUGCGAACAACAAAUCUGGAGUGGUUCCGCUCACUCCUGCUCUCAUACCUCUUGACCACAAACCGGUUCUCGAUUCGCUGCCUAGACCGGGAAAAUCCGUAUCACAGAACGCAACGCUCGAGAAUCGCCAGAAGAAGACAUCGUCUAAGAAAAAACGGUCAAAGAUGAAACUCAUGAUCGCUGUGAGCAGCGCGAUUGCUGGAGUUUGCGUUCUCAUCACUCUCAUGGUGUUGGGUUACUUACACUGGAAGAAAGAGACGCGGCUGCAAACGCAAAGCUGGAUUAGCAAUAAAGAUCCCGAGACGCGGCAGCUGAGUCUGAGCAUCCGAACCACCAGUGACAAGAAAAUCUCGUUUGAAGGGUCACAGGACGGUUCGGUUUUGGAUUCUCAGAACACCGUCGGCACAACUACGCCGCGAAAGCCCGUUCUGGAGAUUUACGCUUUCCAAGAGUUGGAGAAAGCCACUGAGAAUUUCAGCUCAAGCAAUCACAUCAAAGGCUCGGUUUAUUUCGGUUCGCUCAAGGGCAAGGACUUGGCUAUAAAGCAAGUGAGUGCAGAUGCUAUGAAAAGAUUCGAUUUUGGGAUUCUCAACGAUCAAUCACACUACUACAAUCACAACCUGAUUAGGGUUCUUGGGACAUGUUUCAGAGAAACCCACCAGGGUUCUUAUCUGGUUUUCGAGUACGCAAAGAAUGGGUCUCUGUGGGACUGGCUUCAGAACAAACUGGCGAUCAAGAAUCAGUUCAUCGAGUCUUGUUACUGUUUCUUGGCAUGGAAACAGAGGAUCAAGAUCUGUCAUGAUGUCGCCAUCGCGUUAAAGUAUAUGCAUCGGAUAAACUACGUUCACGGCAGCAUCAAGAGCAGAAACAUCUUCUUGAAUGAAGAUCUUAGGGGUAAAGUCGGGAACUUUGGGAUGUCAAAGUGCGCAAGGGAUGAAUUAGCGGCCGAGGAGAACAUUCUAGAAGGUUCCAAGUCUCCAGCUACCGACGUUUUCGCUUACGGGAUUAUCGUCAUGGAGGUUUUGUCAGGACAAACCCCAGAGAUGUUGCUUGGAUCGCAAGGACCAGAGACGUCGCUUGGGACACAAGAAGCCUGUGUUCCCGAAUGGAAGAGGCUGAGAAGGGUUCUCGGGGAGAAGGAAAUGCUGAGGGAAGUGAUGGAUAGCACAUUGGGAGAGAGCUAUUCAGCUGACUCCGCGUAUGAAAUGGCAAGUAUUGCAAGAGACUGUACAGCAGAAGAACCCGAGUUAAGGCCGAGCGCGGCUGAGGUUGCAGAGAGGGUUUCGAGAUUGGUGGAUGACGACGAUGAAGACCACGAAGAUGAAGCGGUAAUAGAGAGAGAGCAUACCUUGAUUUCAGAGAGUUCUUACAAGCCUUUGGUAAAGAAGGCUAGUACAGAUGAUGAAUGAUAUAUAUAGCUAGGGGGUUGUAACUUUAUAUAUAUAAAAUAUAUAUACAUAUGAAUAUUAUUGCAUCAUGACCCUAAACUCGUCAAAGUUAAUGAUUCCAUCCCUAUUAAUAUCAAACUGGGAAAUCAUAACCUCGCAUUCUUGAAGGCUCUUGGACUCAUUCAACAAACUUAGCAUCCUCUUCAAACUUUUAGGUGUGAUGCCGCCUUCACUCUCUUGAUACAUCUUGAAAGCUUGCUUCAAGUCCUUCUCCUUCUCAGCCUCCUCUCCUUCUUCCACCAGCUUCACGAAUUCCUCGAGUUCCAAGGAUUUAUCAUCCGUCGUCUCUUGUGGUACGACCGCCUUUUUCCCGGACUUAAUAGCAUCCACGCAUCUCUCGAUGGUGGAAACAGAAACCUUGCCUUCUUGGGACUUGUCAAAGCAACUAAACACCCUUUGAUACUCUUCGCGUUUGUUCAUAGAAAGACUUGAGAGAAGAAAAAAGGAUACGAAGACUAUGUCUAUCGUCUUUCGUUGGAACUUUUGGCAACAGAAAUGUGGAAUACUUAUAUAGAAAGAAGAUGGACCAGAGACGUUUGAAAAAUAAAAAAAGUUCAUUUCAGUAUUGGACGUCGUACGUGUAUAAAUGCGGACUUGUUAAUUUCUUUACGGCGC